UUAUUAUAUUCUCAAUGUGACAUCAUGAUAUAUGUAUACAGAUCGAUACUACACAUUUAUGAAAGAUGCAACGUCAGCACCGGCAGUUGAACGCUACGACUACAUAAUCAUUGGAGGAGGAACAGCCAGCUGUCCACUAGCGGCGACUCUUUCACAAAACGCCACCGUUUUAGUCCUUGAGAGAGGUGGCUCACCCUAUGACAACCCCAGCGUAACCAAUAUAACCAGUUUUUUGUCCACUCUUUUGGACCUCACUCCAAAUUCACCUGCCCAACUCUUCAUCUCCGAAGACGGUGUUUACAACCACAGGCCCCGCGUUCUCGGCGGUGGCUCCUCUAUAAACGCCGGCUUUUACACUCGCGCCAGCGCCGAGUUCGUGGAGAAGGCAGGGUGGGAUAAGACAUUGGUGGAGGAGUCGUACGAGUGGGUUGAAAAAAAGGUGGCAUUUAAGCCGGUGUUGGGGCCGUGGCAGUCGGCGGUGAGAGAUGGUUUGCUUGAAGAGGGAGUUUCUCCGAAUAAUGGUUUCACGUUUGAGCAUUUGCAUGGGACUAAGGUUGGUGGCACUAUUUUUGAUAAACAAGGUCAUAGGCAUACGGCCGCGAAUUUGCUUCAGUAUGCUGAUCCAAAAAAGAUUGUUGUUUAUCUUCGUGCAACUGUGCAUAAAAUUCUAUUCAGAAAUAAACCAGGAAUGUCCAGACGUGAAGCUUAUGGGGUAAUUUAUAAGGAUUGGAAUGGAGGUGUGCACAGGGCGUUGUUGAUUGAUAACUCCAAAAAUGAAAUAAUAGUGUCAGCUGGAGCUCUAGGAAGCCCACAAUUAUUGAUGUUGAGUGGUAUAGGGCCAGCUAACCAUCUCAAGGCUCACCGUAUCCCAGUUGUAAUGGACCAGCCCAUGGUUGGUCAAGGCAUGUCUGAUAAUUCAAUGAAUCUUGUGUUUAUACCUUCGCCUAAUCCAGUAGAAGUCUCCCUUGUUCAAACUGUGGGUAUCACAAGCUCUAAUAGCUUCAUAGAGGCAGCUAGUGGAUUGAGCAUUUCUCUGUCUUGGGCCAAAAUCCUUACAAAGUAUUUUCAGCCAUUUAUAAAUCAGAAAGUGGUUCCCGAUAAUUUAACAAUUAAUGGUGGAGUCAUACUCCAAAAAAUCGACGGUCCACUCUCCACAGGACAUCUACAACUAAAGAACACAAACCCAGCAGACAACCCAUCAGUGACCUUUAACUACUACAAAGAAGAGCAAGACUUAAAUAAGUGUGUUGAGGGUAUGAAAACCAUUAAAAAGGUUAUAAUGUCAAAAGCAUUUUCCAAGCUUCGGUACGGACAGAUACCUGUUCAAGUCUACACUAGCUUAAUAUCUGUUGUUCCUCUCAAUCUGAGGCCCAGGCACAUUGGUGAUUCUUUCUCUUUGGAACAAUUUUGCAAAGACACUGUAAUGACCAUAUGGCAUUACCAUGGAGGUUGUCAAGUUGGUAAAGUUGUUGAUAAUGAGUAUAAGGUUCUUCGUGUUGAUGCUUUGAGGGUUGUUGAUGGUUCUACUUUUCUUGCAUCUCCUGGAACUAAUCCUCAAGCUACUGUUAUGAUGUUAGGAAGGUACAUGGGAAGUCGGAUUCUGCGAGCCAGAGUUUACUAAAUCUUUUUAUUUUAAUACCCAAGAAAUUAAUGCAUGCAUUUUCAGGGUAUUUAGUUUUUCAUUACUUAAAUAAAUAUCUAUAUAUUUAGUAUAUUUUUAUAUAUCCAGUAGAAUAUUUAUUUAAGAAUACUUUAUU